AUGUCCAUUUCACCUCCUGGCACUUCCUGCUGGACCCAUUCACCCCCCAGAAUAUGCCUCGAUUUCUUCCCGCCUACCCAAAACCAAGACUUCGAUACCGUCGAAACACUUCAGCUGACGCCAUGGCAGUGCGAUGAGAAGAGGCCAUGCUCGGCCUGCAUACGGCACGAUGUGAAGUGUAGCCUGUUGGACAAUCCGCCCCCGGCGAUCCUGCAGAGGGAGCAGCGGGAGCAGCGGGAGCGGGAACGCUCAUCGACAAUCAGCUCUGCGAGCCCCGAGGGCUCAAAGUCCAGCUUCUCGACUAUGGAUCAUAGACACUCACUGCCUGACUUGCCCGACUUCAACUCUGUCGUCAACUCUCCUUUCCAGAGCUUAAGUCCUCCGGACCCUUCGGCAAUACAGACGCCAACGGCAACGGCUAAUUUCUGUCCUGACCCCGAGAGGCACUUGACGACGACGCCGCCCUCCGCGGAUGAGGACCCCUUCCCAUACUUCGACAAAUUCAUGCUCCCAAUAGGGGGCGAACGCGAGGCAGCUUGGAUCCAGGACCUCGAGCUGAUGCAUCACUAUAGUGUCGCGACCUCGCUGACCCUCCCGAGAGCGCAGGAUGAACUGCACGUGUGGCAGGUGCAGGUUCCAAAACUCGCAUACAAAUACCCAUUCCUGGUUCACCAGAUCCUCGCAGUGGCCGCUUUCCACCAGGCUUACCUUCACCCUGGACAAAGGAGCGACCACUCGCUCCACGCAUCGCAGCACCAGAACCGGUCUAUUGAGGGUAUGCGCGGCCAUCUGGCGGCCAUUACUUCCGAAAACUGCCAUGCCUUGUUCAUGGCGUCUUCGUUGCUCCUCGUCGGUGCCUUUGCCUCCUUUGCGAACAUUAGGCCCAACGAUUCACCACUAAUCGAAGGCCAACGGCCACCGACCGUCGAAGACAUGAUCGAUGUGUUCAUCCUCGACAGAGGCGUCGCCAGCGUGCUGCAGUCUUCGGAAGAAUGCAUACAAGCGGGCUACUUCAAGGACCUUUUCCACUUCCAGACACAUGACAAGAACAACGCGUUCAUGCCCCGGCUGGCGGAGGAGCUACGCAGCCUAUCCACAGCGAUCAAGCAAGAGCCGGAUUUAGACAACUUGGUGGUAGUCCUGGUGGAUCUUGAGAUCAGGAAGCUCAUCGACGCCAUCGAGAAGGCGGUGAUCACGACCGACGAUGCGGAGAUGCGCGUGACGACGUACUGGCCUAUCACCAUUGCGGAGGACUACAUCCAACUGCUCAGGCAGAGGAACGAGGUUGCGCUUCUGGUCCUCAUGUACUACUGCUGCAUCAUGUACAGGGCUGAGGGGAAGACAUGGUUCGUCAAGGGCUGGGGCAUCAGCGUCGCAACGGACGUGGAAAGGCUCAUCUCCCGCCGCUGGAAGGAGGCCGUCAAGUGGCCUCUUGAGCAGAUGGGCCAGUACCGAUCGUUCGUAUGA